AUGCUGGGCCGACUGCUUCCCAUCUCCGCCCGCGCUGUGCGCUUCGCCCGCGCCCCCCCUUUCAUGCGCGCCCUGCGCGCCCACGGCCAUCUCAGCACGCCCCGCAAAGGCGAAGAGCUGCAGGUCACGUUCAUACUCAAGGAUGGCUCGCAGCGCACGUUCGACGUCGCACCCGGAGACACGCUACUGGAUAUCGCCCAGGGCCACAACCUCGACAUGGAGGGCGCGUGCGGCGGUUCCUGCGCUUGCUCCACUUGUCACGUGAUAGUUGACCCCGACUACUACGACGCCCUGCAGGAGCCCGACGACGACGAGAACGACAUGCUGGACCUGGCCUACGGCCUGACCGAGACCAGCCGUCUGGGCUGCCAGAUCCGCAUGUCCAAGGACAUUAACGGCCUCCGCGUCGCGCUGCCGGCCAUGACGCGCAACGUCAGCAACUCAGACUUCAGCUAG